GGCGCCGGCGCCUGUCUCCACUCACGUGACGUGGGACUCAGUGACCCCUGAAGGCUUGGGGCCUUAGGUCCUAAAUUGGAGCCAGAAACUGUGGGUCAAAGGAGGAAACAACCACUGAAAAUAAACAAGGCAAGAGAUGGAAGUUUACCAGGCUGCUGCACAAAAUUCACUCUCCAGCCCUACUUUGGAGCAAUGAGGAACCCCAGCGUCUUGAUCUGUCGUUUUGGAGCUGCUUCAUGUGGAAGAUGGAUAGGACCAGUUUCAGCAAACCUAGUAUCUGUCCAUUGACAAGAGAUGAUGGAGUUCAAGCAGGUUUGAUGGGGCUUGUCCAAAGAAAUGCAGUCCCAGAGCAGUCUUUUUAGGACCUAGUAUGAAGAACAUACAAUGCGAACAAAGAACAUGAGAAAAGACACUUUCACAGGAAGCUUCCCAGGUUUAUUGUUUAUUUAACUGCUUUGAACGAAAUGCUUGGGUCUUACCUGAAUGAGAAUGUGGACGAGACGCAGUCAUCAUGAAGAUGAACACUGUGUCCCGGCUGAAGCUUCUGCUGUUGGACAACACUGUCUCCUGUGGCGUGGAAGACUAGCAUCAUCUUAAAGCAAGAGGGAAUCGACAACGAACAGUACUGGGUCCUACCCAGGAGGAGGGAAAUCACAUAAAAUUGAAGGCAAUGGCUCUCUCCUCUGCCCAUCGAAGAUGCCAAAAGGAAAGAAGGCUAAGGGGAAGAAGGUGGCCCUGGCCCCUGCUGUUGUGAAGAAGCAGGAGGCCAAGAAGGUGGUCAAUCCCCUGUUUGAGAAAAGGCCCAAGAAUUUUGGCAUUAGACAGGACAUCCAGCCCAAAAGGGACCUUACCUGCUCUGUCAAAUGGCCCCACUACCUCCGGCUGCAGUGGCAAAGGGCUAUUCUCUAUCAGUGUCUGCCUCAGAUUAACCAGUUCACCCAGUUCUUGGACCACCAAAUCUCUCAGCUGCUUAAGCUGGCCCACAGGAAGAGACCAGAGACAAAGGAAGAGAAGAAGCAGAGAUCGUUGGCCUGGGCUGAGAAGAAAGCUGCCAGCAAAGGGGAUGUCCCCACUAAGAGGCCUCCUGCCCUUCAAGCUGUGGUUAACGCUGUCACCACCUUGAUGGAAAACAAGAAGGCUCAGCUGGUGGUGAUUGCAUAUGGUGUGGAUCCCAUUGAGCUGGCUGUCUUCCUGCUUGCCCUGUGUCGUAAUAUGGGGGUUCCCUGUGGCAUCAUACAGGGGAAGACUAGGCUGGGGCAUCUGGUUCACUGGAAGACCUGCACCACUGUCACCUUCACACAAAUUAACUCAGAAGACAAAGGGGUUCUGGCUAAGCUGGUGGAAGCCAGCAGGGCCAGUGACAAUGACAGAUAUGAUGAGAUAGCCUGUCACUGGGGAGGCAACAAGGGUCCAAAGUCAGUGGCUCGCAUUGCCAAGUCGGAGAAGGCAAAGGGUAAAGACUGGUCACCAAAUUGAGCUAAGUGGACGCUGUUGAGUUUUCUGUACAUAAAAGUCAUAAAAAGUUCUCUUUCGGCCAAUGUCAAAAAAAUUGAAGGCAAAUGAUAAACCAGAAGGAAAAAAAAACCCUGUAUAAUGGACAGCAAACGGAUACCGCUAAAGUAUUCAGCUCUGUCAUGUAGAGGGAUCCACUUUCUCUUCUUCACCGAAUCCCUGCACGGGCAAUCAAAGUAGAAUUUUCAACCAUGUGGUAGAAAAGGAAGGGGAUUUCCACCCUAAAAUCUGUCCUACUCAAAGCUUCAGUGAGAUUGAGAUUGAGAGAAAGAAUUGAUCAUGAAGGGGUACCACUUACACAGGCUGACUCUCUGUGCUGGUGAUUGGGGGCUGAAACUCAUGGUUCAUAAGUACCAGCCCUGUGUCAGGCUCUGUGCUGACAGCUCAGAGCCUGGAGCCUGCUUUGGAUUCUGUGUCUCCUCUCUCUGCCC